AGUUGUCAAUUUCAACUUUUUCUUUUAUUCAUUCAUUUGUAUUGUUGACUUGUUUCUGGUGUUUUUAUUUGUUUGGUGUAAUAAUUGCAUGUAUAGCAUGACUCCAAAUCGUAAAUGGAUCCUUUUAUAGUUAACAGUGACACUAAAGUAACAUUAAGAAUCUCGUAUAAUAAUUCAACUAGAGUUACUUCACCCUGAAAAAAAGGCAUUGUUAUAUUAAUCUGUAUUUCCUGGAGACUGAGAAUAUUGAAUUGGCCAUUCUAUAGGCAGUGUACAUAUACAAUAUGAUAAUUUUCAAUUAACUCUGUCUUAAUCUGAUAAAGUUAUAAUUUUCAAGCAGAAAAUGUCUGAAGGUUUAGAAUGGCUUGGAAAUAUAUUGUCAGAGAUACAGCUAGGGCAAUUUUUGGUUCCAAUUCGUGAUGAUCUUCAGAUAUCUAGACUUGAACAUUUUGAUUUUGUUACUCCAGAAGAUUUAGAAAAAAUUGGUCUGAGUAAACCAGGGGCUCGAAGACUAUUAGAAGCUGUCAAGAAAAAACGAACUCAACAAAAGAUAAGAAACUUGAUAAACAAGUUAAUACCAGUGUCAAGUAAGACACCUGCAAAUAAAAAAAUAAAUGAAGAUGGUGUAGUCAUUAGUGACUUCACUUCCUGCUUAAUUCAGGAAGCCAAUAUUACACUGUCUGUUAAACUUGGUGAUGGGAGCUUUGGUGUUGUAAGACGGGGUGAAUGGAUGAAUCCGAAUGGAAAAUCAAUACCUGUAGCAGUAAAGAUUCUCAAAGCUGACGCUAUUACCGCACCAGGAGUUUUUGAAGACUUUAUAAAAGAAGUACAAGCUAUGCAUGUAUUGAGUCAUAAAAAUUUGAUCAGGUUGUAUGGAGUUGUUCUCUCCCAGCCCAUGAUGAUGGUAACAGAAUUAGCUCCUUUAGGAUCCUUAUUAGACUUUUUAAGGAAACAGUGCCAACACACUCCAGUGCCAAUGUUGUGUGAAUAUGCUACCCAACUAGCUACGGGCAUGGCUUAUUUAGAGAGUAAAAGGUUUCUCCACAGAGAUCUAGCUUGCAGGAAUGUUUUGUUAUCAGCAGUUGACAAGAUAAAAAUAGGAGAUUUUGGCCUGAUGAGAGCUCUUCCUCAAGAAGAAGACUGUUACGUUAUGACAGAACACAAGAAAGUUCCAUUUCCUUGGUGUGCUCCAGAAUCUCUGAGAAGCAGACAGUUCAGCCAUGCUUCAGACACUUGGAUGUUUGGAGUUACCGUUUGGGAAAUGUUCACUUUUGGGGAGGAUCCAUGGAUGGGAUUGAUAGGUUCAGAAAUUCUCCGCCGAAUUGAAAAGGACAAUGAACGUCUUGCCAUGCCAGAAGCGUGCCCUCCUGCUUUUUAUGCAAUUCUUCUACAAUGUUGGGCAAAGAAUCCUCAGGAUCGUCCUACUUUUUCAUCACUCAAAGAUUUCUUCAGAAAAAAUACAACGCCAGUGAUGAAAGUCCUUGGAAAACAAGAUGAUCCAGAUAAACUGAAGAUGAAUGAAGGAGAUGAGGUUGCUAUUAUAGAUGGUAGUCCUGAACUGUACUGGUGGAAAGGACAACACCAGAAGACUUUUGAAAUUGGACUACUACCUAGAUGUCUUGUGGAUCCAUUGAGACCAAAGCAGCCAGAAGAUAUAAG